AUGGAAGAGGCCAAUGCUUCCUCUGAUGAGCUUACAUUUGUCCACCAGCAAGCCUUCUCAGUCCACUGGGACGGGGCACUCGUGACAAGAGUGGUCAUAAUGCUGGCCACAUCCCUAGUCUUCAUUUAUGUGAACAGCAUCAUGUUGUUCACUCUGAGGAAAAAAACAAUUUUCAGCGAGACAUCUCGUUAUACCCUGUUUGCUCACAUGCUCUUCAACGAUUCUCUCAACCUGAUGGGCAGCACAGUGCUGUACUCAUUCGCCCUGGCAUACCUCCAUGUGGUUAAGGCCCUCUGUGCACUGGUGAUGUUGAUGACUGCUGUGACUUUCAACAACACCCCACUGAAUCUGGCUGUGAUGUCACUGGAGCGUUACGUGGCUAUCUGCUUCCCCCUCCGGCAUGCAGAGAUCGCCACGCAGAGAAGGACAGCCAUUGCCAUUGGAGCAGUCUGGUUUCUCGGGUCCCUGAACUUUGUGAUUGACAUGUUCUACACCACUGUGGCAUAUCCCCACUCUUUCACCACACCCACAUUUUGUACACGGGAGAGGCUAUUUAUUGCUAAGUGGCAGAUCGACAUGUAUCAGGGGUUCAACGGUUUUUACUUUGUGGCUGUGGCUGUAAUUCUGAUCUACACAUACAUUGGCAUUAUGACAGCAGCCAGGUCCGUCUCCACAAACAAGGAUUCAGCUAAGAAGGCCCGCAACACUGUGCUCCUCCACUUGAUUCAGCUGGGACUGUGUCUCACCUCUUUUCUGUAUGGCGUCAUUGAGCGUAUAAUGGCCACGGCUGGUGUUGCUCUGUUCAUGCACCUGCGCUUUUUGAACUUUUUCAUCCUCUUCCUCCUCCCGCGAUGUCUGAGUCCCCUGAUUUAUGGCCUGAGGGAUGAUACUUUCCGGCCCCUGUUCCUGAGCUACUUCAGAUGCAGGCCCAGCAAUGUCAAGCCUGUUAUGAUUACACAUUAAC